AUGCCACAACGCCUUACCAAGCAGCAUCUCGCCGAUGCACUUAUGGUGGCUGGCGUGAAUUUUCCACUGACGGCCACGGUGGCCCAAUUAAAGCGUCUUUAUGCUGAACACCGCAUCAGCGAGUCGCCUUACGAGGAGGAUGAAGAGAACAUCUCCGACAUGGAAGAUUCGGCAGCUCCGGACGACGACGCUACCAUAGCCAGUGCCAUGGGAAUCGAAAAGCCAAGUAGGGCUACCCCUACUACUGGCCCUAGUGCAUACGCUGAGGAUACCGUUGCCCAUCGUACAGCUGCCGCCACCGGUACUUUGGGCCCUAACGGAAGUACCAGUUAUGUUUGCGAAAGCAGCGCUGCCGCCACUAAUACCGCCGUCGGUGAAUAUUCCGCUGCUACGCCUGUCACCACAAAUACUAAUACUACUGCCGUCGCUAAUAUUACUGCCGCUAAGCCUUCUGCCGCUUCCGGCGCCACCAUUAAUCCUGCCGUCACUCCACACGCUGCCGCCGCCUUACACUCUGCCGCCACUAAUUCUGCCGUCGCCUUACACUCUGCCGCCACUAAUACUGCCGUCUUCUAA